CCCGCUCUGCCCUCUGCCCAUGGGUUGCCAGGACGGGGCUGGCUGUCGGUGCCGCUGGACAAGGCUGUGACCCGUCACUGCUCCGGCCCCACAGCGUGUCCCGCUGCCCCCCGGAGCCUGCCCACCGCAGCCUCCUUAUCUCAGUCCUCUUCCCCACUCCACAAAUCGCUGCUCUAACAAGGGGAGGGGGGCAGCUAUUUGCUGCUGGAAACAUUAUUCGAUCCGUGUUGGGAGGAGAUCAGGCAUUCGUGGAGUUUGCACUUGUUUUGGCCCUUUUCUCAGCCUUGCUGGCUACUCUGACCCAAAUUACAAAGCAAAAAGAAAGGAGAUGAUAGAAAUGUUUUUCCAUUCCAGUUUCGGCUGGAUUGACCAGAAAGAAUUUUUCCCUUUAAAUCUCAAGAGGCUGGUACUAGAAGGGAGAGGGAGAAGGAAAAUAAACAAACCCAAGGCGCAUUCAGGGAGGUGUUCCAGGGAAAAGGAGACGUUCCCACUGCGGCACCCCCGGGGCUGGGUGCUGUCAGAGAGGGAGCUGCGUCCCUCUGGGCUGGGUUUGCUCUCUGGGCAGCUGAGUGACCCCACUGCUGAGUCCCCUGAGCCUCUUGGAGCCACCCAUGGCUUUCACCCUGGCCUUCCUUGGGUGCAAGUGUUGUCCUCUGCGGUGCAAACCCAGACCAUGCCCUCCUGUGAGAGCUGCCCCACAGCUGGUGGGAGUGAGGUCAUGAGAACAGGUCUCUGCGACCCUGGGGGUGAUUCUGUAUGGCCAGGAGGUGUUGGAGAGCACGAUGGUGGUGGCGUGUCCCUUGGUCCCUGCCAAGCACGUGGGACAGGAGCUGGCUCCUAGUGUGCUUUCCUGGUGAGCAGCACAAGGUGCUGCAGGGGGGUCAUUACUGUGGCUGGAUUGCUAAAACUGGGUAGAAUGGGGCCUGACAGCAGAGUCCCAUUAUAGGAUUUGAGGAUGGCUAUGGUGAUUCAGUGAGUCACACUGGUUGCAGGUCUUGCAGAGCUGAUGCUGGAGGAUCACUCGGGCCUUCUGCAACAAUGGGGGUGGUCAGGACCCGAUGCAGAAGUGGCUGGGAAGAGAGAAUAGAGAAAACACAGCCUGUUUCCUGCCAUGACCUGCAUGCUCUGGCAGCCAACAGGGCCAACCAUGCCCUGGGGUGUACAGACCCAGCACUGCCACCGGGCAAGGGAAGGGAUUGUCCCACUCUGCUCUGCACUGCGCUGGUGUGUCCUCACCUCGAGGUUUGGGUGCCGCAAGAUAAGAAGCACAUAAAACUGUCAGAGAGCAUCUGAAGGGGGGCUACAGAGAUGGGGAGGGGCCUGGAGGGCACGGUGUGUGAGGGUCCCUGGGUCUGUUGGGCCUAGGGCAGAGGAGCUGAGCAGAGCCCUCGUGGUGGCUGCAGCUCUCACAGGGAGCGGAGGGCAGCGCUGAGCUCUGCUCUCUGUGACAGCAAUGGAGCCCGAGGGAACGGCAUGGAGCUGUGUCAGGGGAAGGCUGGGGGGUCAGGGAAUGGGUCUGCACCAGAGGAUGGUGGGCAAAGAACAUCCCCAGGGCAGUGGGCACGGCCCUGAGCUGCUGGAGUUCAAGGAACAUCUGGACAUGACUCUCAAACAUUGGGUUUGUAUAUUGGGUGGUCCUGUGUGGAGCCAGGGGUUGGACUCAGUGGUCGUCGUGGGUCCCCUCCAACUUUGGGAUAUUCUUUGAUUCAUUGCCUCCUUUUUCUCGAGUGGGCCUUGUGAGGACCAGGGAUGUGCUUUCCUGUUCUUCAGUGACACAGCGCCCUGCACAGCCUGCUUGGAACCGGGGUGAUGGCUGCUUAGAGGGGACUGGAGUCAUUGUGUUGGGAUCAACUGGAGCCCGCAGCCUCCAGGACCAGCCUGCAGGUCUGCACAUCUGCUGGGCUCUGUGCCUGGCAGGUGUCUGCAGGGCUGCAGGGAACUGAGCUGCCGUCUGCAGAGAGAAUGGGCUCGUCCCCACGUUCCUGCAAGGAGACCUGUUGGGGUGGUGGUGGGCUCAGCUUAACCCAGCCGCUACCACUGCUGUUUCACUGUGCUGCAUCCCCCAGACGCACAGCCUCCCUGGUGGUGAGGUGUGGGACGGAGCAGCUUGGCUGCACGUUGAGCUGUGGGAGCACAGGGGCUUUGUGCACGUGGUACAAAGGGCGAUUGUUCCAUGGGGACGCUGCCGUCGGCGGGCGGCUGCAGGAGGGGAUGCAGCCAGGGGGGCUGCAGGUGUGCGGCUGCCUUUCCUCUGCUGUUUCCCAGAAUGAGGGAGGUUGCAAACCAGCCAGGGAAGCGUGUCUGCUUGUCUUUGACCACUGAAGAGGCGGGUAGGGGAGGGAGGGAGCGAGCGGGGGACUCCGACUCGUAAUAAACGCAACGGAUUUCCCUUUAUCGCCCUUCCUGAAUGGGCUGUGGGAGGCACACGUUGGUUGGAAUUACUCACGGAGGUUUAGGGCAGCUCAUUUUUGUCCGGUGCAUCAUCCACUAGCAAAUUUCCUCUCUCAAACCUGUUUGGUCAGCUACCUACGCUACUUUGUUCCCUGGGCCGGGGAGCUCCUUUAUCUAACCCAUCCACUGCAAAUAAUCGCUCUUACCACCGUCUAGUUAGCUGAGCCCCUUGAUUAGAAUAUUUGCUUUCCUUGUGCUCCAUUGGUGAAUUACGUGAGUCACAGGGUGCUGCUGGUUGUUGGGGAUUGGAUAACCAGUGUUUACAAUUCAGACGUUCUCAGAACUUGAGCUAGCAUGAAAACUCUCAAAAAAACCCCAUGGGCUGUUUCCCACAUCAAAGAGGUUCAGCCCCUUCCAAGCUCGGAUUGAAACUCAAACAAAGAUUCUUUCAUUAAGUUCAGAAAUGCUUGGAGAAUUCUUUGAAAAUUAUUUGUUUUUAAUGCGAUGGGAGACGUUCGAAUUUCCACCAAGGGCAGGAUUUGCAAGUAUGCAGAUGUGUUUAAUGACCUUGCUCCUUGUAGUAUUUCCAGUGCUAGCAGGAGAAUGGCGAGAGAUCGAUCCCAUUGGAGUCAGGUCAGAUCCUCCAGCGUCCAAAAACACGGCUACUUAUUUCCUGUAGGAGCGUGGUCUGUUGUCCAUCCAUUAUCACCCUUCUCAUAUCUGAGGUGAUUGUUUCACAAGUGGGAGCCCAUCUCGGAGUGGGCACGGAGGUGCAGAUGCCUGAUUGCCAGCCAGACCAGCCCUUCAUGGCAUCCCUGCCUGUACAACAUCAGCUUCUUUGCUAGCAGAGGGAGUGAAACGAGGGGAGGGGUGGGUUAAUGCUUUCACUGAAAACCCCUGCAAGGAAUGCAAGGCUUGAUGGUGUUCUCUAAUAGGUGGAAAUGACUCAAGUCUGUUAAACGGAAUGGAAAAGUUCAGUCACUCCUUUCUGACUGUUCAAUCUGUUGUUACUUCAGAACAGAACGUUUCAUUGUGAGCGUCUUCGGUGUCUGGUAUUUUGGUGGCUCUGCAUCGUCCCUUUGGGAGAGCUGGAUCAUUAGCUUGACUGGCUGUUUGAUGUCAUCUCUGGGACAUCACCUCAUGUGUUCCAGGGCCUGGCAAGCCCCAUUCUAUGAAAUGCUCCCGCUGGAUCUUCUCCAGGGCUCAGCGCCUUCUUCGUGUGACGUGUCAGCCUGUGCCCUGAUCAGUCUCCCUUAAUUAGAGCAAUUGGCUGUCCAUUUCUAUGCGGGGAAAAUGUGGAAGGAGAGGGGUUAUGCUGAGGGAAGGAAGCUGGAGGACGCUCCUUGAGGCUUGCUGCUUGAGGACCCUGCUGGCAGCAUGGAUGCCAGGCAGUGUGUAGGGCACUGUGCACGCCAGAAAGGACGGCGCUAAGUGUCCUCUCAGUCCACAGCGGCGAUACUGGCAGUGUUUACUUGGCCUUGUAACAUGCUAGGUGCUGUGCAAGCCCAGAAAAAAAGUUGGCCCAAAGACCUACUCACUCAGAUGCAAUGUUUCUACAUGCCUUAGGGUUUGUUUUGUUUUGCUAACUGGUUUGGCGAGGAAGUUGAAAGCUGCAGAGAUGGUGGGAUUUCUGUCCGCACAUGAAACCUGACCUUGCCUUCUCCCAGACGUGCAUGGGGUAUUGGGUCUGCCUCACUCAUUGUACGAGGAAGAACACGCUUUUUGGCCUGUCUUAUCGCUUGCUGAUUGCCAGGAGGACUUCACAAGCCUCAGCAAGCAGCAGAUGACUCACUCCGCCUUUGUCAGACCUUGCCCUGGGAAUGUGCAUCUUUUCUUCUGAUUGGAAGAGGCUGGGUGAUGAGUAUGAGCUUCCUGAUGGUUUGAGUGAGGUGGAAUGAAUAAUCUGGCUGCAGGAAGCUCCCUGUGAGCACUAACAGCCUCUACCAUGUCAUAGUUGGUUCUAGACCUGCUGGAGAGCUCAAGAACCAGCCUAGUGCCCACUGGCCAUGAAAUAGCUAGAAAUGGGUAGAUAAAUUUGUCUAGGUCAUUCUGGAGAACGUAUGAGAGCUUCCAUCUUGUCAUACUUGGAGGAGAAAGUGCUGGAGCAAAGGCUGCAACCAGGAUGGAGAAACGGUGCUGCAGGUGGGCCAGCUUCUAGCUGAAGAGAGCAGCAGGGGCUCCAUGGCUCUUGGAGGUCAAUUUUUGGUUGUAUGAGUGAUUUGGGGGAACGUUUGAACUCCUGCAUGCUUUACCUGGGGCUGAUCUUCCAGGAUUUGAAACAGCGUUGCAUCACUGAUCUUUCCAGAAAGGCAUCCAUACCAAAGUCCAUCCAGUGCAGCCUCCAUCAGCAUGUGCUCACUUAGGUUGAUGGAAAACCUCCAGUUGGCUUUGAUGGGCUUGGCCCCAGCCUCUGCUGAGCAGCAGCAUUUUGGAAAGAGAAAACUGCAUACAAAGGCAUGACUCACUUAUGAAGAAGUUGCCCUCAUGUCAUCCCCUCCCGUGAAGACACAGUUUCAGAGGGCUGUCCUCCUGCUAGGGCAGAGAAGGGAGCAAUGGGUGAGGAGAGAGCUGUCCCUCUUUCCUACCCAUGCUCAGGUUCCAUCCAGGCAUCUGUUUUGUGCUUGGUAGGUCUGGGAAAGGGGAAGUUACUGCGGGGUUACUCUAUUAUUGACGUGAGACCUCUUAUCCUGACCUAGACCCGUCUAAGGCUAGGUAGACCAGGUGGCUGUGGUGUUCAGUAAGGCCUAGAGAUGGUGCAGCAGGGCCAGAGCUUCCUCUAAGGUCUAUGCAGAUACUUUUCACUUCAUUUAAGGCAUUGUUUUUGGAAAGAUUUCUGCUCUUGUUCUCAAAGCCCCCUGAAGCCUGGCUGCUCCAAACUGGCCCUCUUCUGGGUACUUGACCUUGGAGCUAGAUGAUGGUGUUCUGCUUUCUCUGGCCUUUGGGAUCACUGACUGUGGUGGCAUGGUUUCUGUGAUAAAUAACCAAGGUAGACUGCCUUUGAGCGAGUCCUUAUCAGCUGUUGGAGGAAAGGAAUAGCAAACAGAGUCAGCAAGCCUGCUGGAAACACUGCUGCCUAUUGGCUCAGCCGGAGGCCAUCUGGCCACAUCUGCCUCGACGGCAAAUCUUGGGCUUAAGAAAAUCCCUCGGUUCCAAGAAGUGAUAAUUAACUCAGGUAGUUCAACUGCAAGGGCAGAACAGAGCUCCGGAAUAACCCUCCAAAGCAGCAUGGCUCAGCUCCUGCGACAUCCCUGGGAGAAGGGUGCAUCCCUGGCCUCAUCUUGCUCUCAGAGGUGCUCUUGCAAAUGGAAAGGUGUGAAAAUUUCAAAAUAGGAAGCUGGUGGGGCAGAUCACCUCUGGCAGCCAUCUCCAUGGGCUCCAGAGUGAGCUUGCACAGAGACUUCAGCUUAGAUGCUCGCUUUCCCGGUGGCCCAAGCUCGUGAAGAUGAAUCUUGCCCCAUUGCACCCAAUGCUGAAUGCUCUGGGGGCAGUGCUACCUCUCAGAGUUGCUCCUCACCUCUUUGGGAUGGGGCAAUCAGAGGAGCCCACCUGUGGUACCCAUCUAAGACCAGGGUUUGUCUUUGCUGCCUGCACUCCUGCUGGGCUGUUUGCAGCAGCUAGGCGUUAGGCCCCGUGCACUUGAAAGGAAGAGUCCCGGGGCUUUCUCUACUAAUCCUGUGUGGCAGAGAGUUCCAGAAGACUUGAGGAACAAACAGAAAAUAACGUUGAUCGAGGUCAAUAUCAAAACCAAAUGAUCAGAGAAACAAAUAUUUACCCAAGUCAAUAUUUAACUAGGGAGACAAUAAAUGCUGAUAUUGAACCAAAUCUGUAUAUAAAUACGGUCUAUUUAUAACGUGUCCCUUUAAAGGGGCACUGCCAGGUACUUGCCAUGGCUUUUGAUUGAUGAUUAUCCUCCCCAUUGUUUGCCGAUUCCCUUGGAGGCUGGAGUUUCAUGCAGGUGCAGGCAGGAGAAACAGACCGCGCUACGUAAUCCCACGGCCCGGCCACCGUUGCCCUCAUCCCAUGAGUGCUUGGGGAGGUCCCCCCGAGCUGCAGAGUGGGCAAGGGGUUCAGGGUCCCCACUUUGCAGAGCAGGAGAAGGCUGUGGCCAGGAGGGCCGGAAGAUGCCAAGAAAUGAAGAAACUCCUUGAUUCCCCCCUCCUCCCCUCCCAGCUGCUCUCUCUGCCAACUUCACGAGCUCGUCGCCUGUUUAGCAAACAUCGAUUUCUCUCCUUGUUCCUCUGUGGUGACCACAUUUGAUGUUUCUGUGGCGGUUUGUUAUUUAUCAACUUCAGAUUAGAGAGCCUUUAAUCAUGGGAAGGACGUGUCCCACCUCCUGCCUCGUCAGCUGGCCGUGCCUCGCGCCUUUCUAACGAUGCUCGUGGUUUAUCGCUGGCAAAAUGGCCUGCUUGGCUCAGGCUCCCGUUUUUGUGUGUCCUGCCAAGAAAUGUUUGUCUGGGGCUCUGUGUUUGUUGAUCAGUGUCCUGAUAACUACUCAGCCUGCCUCAGAUGGGAUUGAGGUGAGGGGUGGAGGCCUCCGAGGCAGGAGAUUCCUGCAGGGUUUUUGGAAGUUGGUGGCUGGCAGAGUGGGAGGACUUGGGUCAGUGCUGGUCACAGGAGCGCCCAUUCGAGGGAGAGAAGUAGAGUGGGGAACCCUUUCCUUCGCCUGCAUGGGUUUUUGCUUUCUUUCCGCUGGCAGGUUGAAAAGGCCCUCCUACACGGUCAGAAAUAUACUGUGACUUCAAGGGGAAAAUGCAGAAAUUCAACAUUUUUAUUGCACUGAAAACUUCCUGGCCGAAGCGAAAAUCCCGGUUUGGAGGAGAUGCCUCCUGAAGCGUGGAGGUUUUGUUGAUGUCUGCUUUGGCUGUGUUUCCCCUUGGCUCAGUUUUUGCUGGAGCUAGUGACCCAUGACUCCUGGCACCGCUGUCGGUGAAGCCUGGGGCGUGCCCAUCUCCUGACCCUCUAUCUCAUCCUCGUCUGCAGCAGUGCCAUUACUAAUGCCUAAAGGAAACUGAGUCACCGAGCCCUCCGAAGAGCUGCUUGCCCUUCAGCUGGAAGGCCCUGUGUAGUCUUUCUCCAUUAAGCCAGGGCGGGAUGACUCUUGCAGUGUUGAGGUGCACUGAGCACUGUGGCUGUGUGAUUGGCUCAGUACUCAAAAAGGCAAGAAAAUAGUUAAUUUUCUGCCUGUGGCUGUCAGAUGGGGAGGAGGGAACGGGCUGAGCAUUUCUGGUCAUUCCUGCCUCAUGUGAGCCACCGCAGAGUCCUCAGCUGCCCUCCCAGGAGCUUGGCUGAACUAUGUGUGUUGUACUGAAGCUGUUUCUUGCAGGUGAUGGGAUGCAAAUCACCAAAAACCAUCAUAGCUCUGACCCAGAGGCUUCACCAUGAAGCAUCUGUUCGUGCUUCCAGCCAGCCCAUGGGACCAGCAGCCUUCCAGGGGUGGCAGAUCUUAUGUCCCCAACUCUUUUGGUGGCUGUCCUAUCAAGGCCACGUGACUUUGUGGUCUAUCAUCAACCUGCAAGAAACAUCUUCAGUUUGCUUGUAGCUCUCACAAUAUUUACACCCCACAAGUAGGAAAACUGAGUUGAGUUGGUUUUGCUGGUUUGCUUUGAGAGAGAGCGAAGCCUAGUCUGGUUUCCACCCCUUGCUGCUCUGACUGUCCAGCCUAUUAAACGUGUGAAUGACCCUAUGGUGAAGAGAUGAGGCUUUACCACAGUCCUGGAGAAACCUCGUGGUUAGGCUGCACCCCAUGAGGAUGGAACAACGGAUGCCACUCACUCUCGAGGGACGAUCUGAAAUGGAUAAGUACCUCUCCAGCCAGUUGCCACCCAUCCCCAUGAUACCGGACAAGAAAUACCGCCGGGAGAGUGCCUCAGUGGUUGAUGAGUUCUUCUCAACGGAGAAGCCCAAUUCCACGCCUUACAGCGUGAACAUCAAUGUGAUCCUGCCCGACACCACGCACUUACGCACUGGACUUUACCGAUCUCCCAAACCCAUGACGCCAUUCACGCAGAUCAAGACGGAGCCUGGCACCAGCUUCUCCCAGCCCUGCUCUUCCACAUCGGGCUCCACGCAGACCCUGCCUGACUUUACCAGCGUCUUCAGCAUGCCCCAGUCGGUGGCAGUCAACAACAUCUUCAUCAAGCAGGAGAUGCCUUCAGAUAUCCCGCUAUCCAGCAGUUCACAGCAAGCCCAGUUUUACCAGAUGCCUCUUGGCAAUGGCAACGCUGAUCUUACCAACCUGACGCCCUCCUCAAACAGCACCACAGCCAUCAACAGCCUCAGCGGUGUCACCAUGUCCACAGGUAACGCCAUGUCCAGUGUGCUUCACAGACAUGUCCAGGCUGGAGGGCCAGUUAAGCAGUACCCACAUAUCUCCCAAGGACAGGAAAACUUCAACAUCUCAGGGCAGUUCUAUGCUGUGCCAGGGGUGAACCUGCCGCCUUCACCCCCCAACUCGCAGCCUGGCAGCCCAGAAAAUCAACCAGAGCUCAUCAACACCAUCUCUCCCCCACCAUCCUAUGAAGCCACUUUUGGACUGAAGCUGGUCCAAUCAUCCCAGGUCCCUCCAGUCCCCAACAGCCUUGGGACCCUCUGCCAAGGGCCCACUGUCAUGCAGACCCUCAAAUAUAACAGACGCAACAACCCUGAGCUGGAGAAAAGGAGGAUCCACCACUGUGAUUACCCAGGUUGCACAAAAGUGUAUACCAAGAGCUCCCACCUGAAGGCACACCAAAGGACUCACACAGGUGAAAAGCCCUACAAGUGCACCUGGGAUGGCUGUGACUGGCGCUUCGCCCGCUCCGACGAGCUGACCCGGCACUACCGCAAGCACACAGGUGCCAAGCCCUUCAAGUGCCUGGCCUGUGGCCGGUGCUUCUCUCGCUCUGACCACCUGGCACUGCACAUGAAGCGGCACCAGAACUAGGGACCACCUCCAUUGCUAUGUCUCCAAGGGCAGCUGGGACUCUUCUUCGAGGGGACCUCUCCUCCACUUGUACAUAGGAGCAACCCCAUGCUGUGAUCAACUGGCAGGACAGAAGGUGAAUCUCACCCCCACCGUUCCUGGUUUUAAAACAGAUACCAUUAAAAAAGAAUGAUAAUUACAGACUGAUCUUGCCACAAGGCUCCUUGUAGCAACAGGGCAAUGGGUCUUGGAUGGUGAGGUCUUUCUUCCAGCAAACCUGCUAUUUAUUUGUCUUUUGGGACCAGCUCUCCUUGGUGUCUUGAGCUCUUGGGGACAUUUUGCCCCCCACAAGGUUGUGCCUUUGGGAAGUCAAAGGAUGGCUGGGAAGGCUGGUGGACCGAGGUGUCCCACCAGUUGUGAAAUCCUUUUGGACUAACCCAUUUCAUGGCCAUGAUUGACACUGGUGACAUGGAGAAGUGCGGCCCAUGGCUACUUGAGUUGACAGCCCCGGUCUCUGUGAGAGCAUAGAAGAAAGUAUAAAAUACUUAGACAAGGGACAGUGCAGAAGCUGUAUCCUGUCAAACCCAGGGCAUUUGCCCUGCUUGGAUAGAUUUUCUGGUUACGUCCGUAGCAUUUCUGCUUCCAAGAUGAAAUGUGACUCCAGAUGAAUCUGAGGGGACCAGGGUGGGUCUCACCCUGGGGACAGCAAGGAACUCACCUGUGAGCUCUGGCUUCCCAGAACGUGCCAUGCCUUUCUUCAAAGGGCAGGCUCUGCUCAUCCCUUGACCACAUGCAUGAGGAACCAGACAUCACCCAUCAUGCUGGGUCUGUGCUGUUGCUGUUUCACCACCUUUAGACAAAAGAAAGGGGAAGAAGAACCAAAGAAGCGUCUUUAAAACAAAUUCCGAUAAAUCCUGUUGUUCAGAAUGUGAUCGUGUUACCUACCUCACUGGUUCCCCCACCCCAAGCUCUGCAAAGUGCCUCCCCCCACUUCCUCGGGUGCCAUGACGCAUAGGGCAUGUUGGCUCCCCUUCAAAGCCUACCAGGGGUUAGGUGUGGGCAGAACGAGGGCCAGGCCACGCCAGCUCAACCGGAAGCUGUGGAGGUAAUAAAUAAAUUAGGAACAAAUAAUGGGCCUGCUGCGUUCAACGGAAUAUUGAUUUCCCCUCACCCCGGCUUCUCUUUCAUUUUUCCUUGAACAAAAUUAAGGAACGUGUGGGUGGAUGCAUCUCCUCACCAGGAACUGAACUGCAGCAUCUUCAGGCCGAUAAAUGAUCUUUUGCUAACUGCAGCCAUAUCCACCAAGCCCCGGUCAUGGUCGCAUCCUCAUGUCCGUACUUGAGCUCUUCCAUCAUGGCUCGGUGGGGAGCAGUGGGUGCUGGGGCCAAUGGACUUAUCCAUGCUUCAUCCUGUUGGCUGUGGGGUCUCUGCGUGUGUUGAGGUCUGGUGUGUACAAGUGGUAGAAGCCACCAUACUGGGGCAGGUGCUGCUGGUUUCUCCUCUUGCUUCCUUUUGGAGACCCUCAGGAUGGGGUCAGGGCAAAAGGGGCUGAACCUCCUAAAUGUGAGUUAAACUACAGGGAAGUGGGUUGACCAGCUCACCGCAUGUGCCAUCAGGCUGGUGGUGGGCUUACCCCUCACCUAUCACUCUCCCAGAGAGACUUCAUUGACCCCCCCUUUUACUGUGGGGACGAAAACCUCCAGCUGCCCCCACUUCUAUCUCCUGGAGCCCAAAACUCACACGCUGACAAACAACAAAUGCCAAUCCACUCAACAGGCAGCUUUAAAUCAUAGGGGAAUUUGAAAUAAUUUACCUGAUUAUCUCUCUAUUUUUUUUUUUUUCACUACAGAAAAAAAUGCAUCUGCUCAUCCUCACAUAGACACACAUCUAUAUUUUUGUUGCAUUUGAGAUUAUUUUGAUGGGGGACUGAGGAAGAAGUGUCAUUAUGAAUAACCCACUCCAGUCCAUCUUUGCACCUCUGGUCUGUAUGCAAAAUGUUGCCAUGCAGAUGUUCUACUAGCGCAAAGGCAACGCUGAAAGUGUCCCCAGCAAAACCAGAGCGCAUCUCAGCUUUUAUUCCUUUACUUCUGUCUCCAGCUGUGUGUUUGGUGGCUGAAGGCAGCUUUGCCUGUGAGCCCCAGAAGAAGCUGGGACAGGAAGGGAGGGAUGCUGAAGGAGCAAAGCCAGCAGCAGGAGAGAGAUAGGGAGCUGGGCUGGAGGAAGGUCUCUCUGUACCCUGUCCCUUCCCAAGGCAGACAGGAUACACUGGGGAAGGUCUGAGAGCCUGGGGGGCUCUUCCUGCAAGGUUUCCUGUGCUUUGUGCAGAACAAACCCAGCUUUGGCAGCCUGUAUCAUAGCAGCAGAACGGCUGUAAAUAGAAGAGCGCUGCAUCGCUUGGCAUGUCUGUGCGGGCUGAACGUGAUCGUUCACUGCCCAGAAUGAGCACAGCGAGAAAAGGUAAUCGGGACCUGGAAAACUUGGGUGGAAGGUUUAUUUUUUUUUCCGGUGAUGCUUUUUGUUUGUUACACAGUCCCUACAACUAUUAAUCUACCUAAUAUUUUGUAAUAAAAUUUUGUCUCAUGGA